AUGUCAACACCAACGGGCAACAGCGCCAAUUUCAAUGGCAAAAAGCUCAAUGUCUUAGUCUAUUCCGGUUCGCUUACUUAUUCCGCCUGGCAACUGAGCCGUUUUCUGACCAGCGACUUCUCGACAGGAAAUGGAACCACCGUUGACUCAGUCCGGCACUGCCUCUACACCCUCCGCCGCCUACUCGCUCCCCACUAUGCCGUCAUUCCAGUAACGGGUGACAUGCUUCUCAAGGAGCCAUGGAUGACUACCUGCGCUAUGCUGGUCAUGCCCGGCGGCGCGGAUAUGGGAUACUGUCGCACACUCAAUGGUGCGGGGAAUCGGCGCAUAUCGCAAUUUGUCCGCAAUGGCGGUAGAUACCUGGGUCUAUGUGCAGGUGGCUACUACGGAUGCAAGCGUUGUGAGUUUGAGGUUGGCGACAAGACAAUGGAGGUUGUUGGAGAUCGCGAGUUGGCUUUCUAUCCGGGCAUCUGUCGUGGCGGGGCAUUCCCGGGCUUCGUAUACCACAGCGAGGCGGGCGCGCGCGCGGCGGGGCUUGAGGUUGCCAAGGCAGCUUUGAGUAGUGGCACCGUACCGACAACCUUCCAGUCAUACUACAAUGGCGGUGGCGUCUUUGUUGAUGCGCCGUCGUUCGCAGACGAAGGGGUCGAGGUUCUUGCAACCUAUACGGAUAAGCUGAAUGUCAACCCUGGGGAGGGUGCGGCUGCCGUCGUUUACUGCAAAGUGGGCAACGGAGCAGCGGUUUUGACAGGUCCUCAUCCUGAAUUUGCGGCGGCUAACCUCGAUCCGAAGGCUGGCGGGCCUGAAUAUGCCGACAUGGUGGCGGCACUCGCUGCUGAUGAUAAGGAACGUACAGGCUUCCUAAAGGCAUGUCUUUUGAAGCUUGGACUUGAGGUCACGCAGGACACAACAGUGCCUUCACUGUCAUCCUUACACAUGUCCGGGAUCGAUGCAGAUGGCCCCAUGGACAUCCUAUCUGGACUUGGAGCUACCUUCACUCAAGAGGGCCAAACCGAGUGUCUCAAGGAUGACCACGAUACAUUCCGCAUUGAGCGUCCUGGAACAUGGAAUCUCGGUGAAUUGGAAGAAUCGCUUCCCGCGGAUUCCUCAGAGCCUAGCGAAGGCAUAAUCGACUACCAGUCGAUCGUCAAACGACUAGUAUUCCAUGACGAUAUACCAUCUUCAAAGCUGACCCCCUACUUCAAUCAUCAUGCAUUCUAUUCUCACCUGCGCCAAUAUCAGAUUGAGUCCAAGGGUGACGCCUCGACAUUUGGCUCCAAUCUCUUAUAUGGAGAGGUAGUCACUAGCACAAACACUAUUCUUGAGAAAAACACGAAAUUGCUUCGUCAAUUGCCACAGGGCUUUACAGCCACCGCAACAGCACAGAUUGCUGGCCGUGGGCGUGGAUCCAAUGUUUGGGUCUCCCCAGCAGGGUCUCUUAUCUUCUCAACUGUAGUGAAACACCCAGUCGACAAGAUGCAAUCAGCACCAGUUGUGUUCCUCCAAUAUCUAUCAGCGAUGGCAGUAGUCAGAGGAAUCAAGAACUACGCCGACGGUUAUGAGAAUAUCCCAGUCAAACUAAAAUGGCCUAAUGAUAUUUAUGCACUGGAUCCAGAUGACCCCGAACAGAAACGAUACACAAAGAUCUGCGGCAUUCUCAUCAACUCCCACUUCAUGUCAAACGAGUACAUCUCCGUCGUCGGCAUUGGUAUCAACGCGACCAACGCCUCACCAACAACGGCCUUGACCACCCUCGCCGCACGCUACGCCUCACCCGGGGCCGCCGCCGCUUCCCCUGUCACGCUGGAGAGACUCCUGGCUCGUAUCUUGACUACUUUUGAGGGUCUGUAUACCCGCUUCUUGCGCACAGGUUUCGAUCGAGGCUUCGAGGCUAUGUAUUACCAAGACUGGCUACACAUGCACCAAAUUGUCACUCUCGAAGAGGAGGGUGGUGCUCGCGCUCGCAUCCAGGGUAUCACCCGCGAUUUUGGUCUUCUACUUGCCGAGGAGCUGGGGUGGAACGAUCGCCCGACGGGACGUGUCUGGCAGUUGCAGAGUGAUAGCAACAGCUUUGAUUUCUUCCGUGGGUUGGUGAAGCGGAAGGUAUAG